GCCGGGGUGAAUGAAAUCCGGUAAGAACAGGUCUGCACUUCCGCGACUUGUUCCUCAACACAUUGAUGUACACACGUGUAAGUGUGUGUCUAUUAUCCAGACAUGUGGCAAGAGAUACAUAUGUGUGAGAUACAACGUACGUGAGCCAGGAUGAAUGAAUGAAAACUCAUUUAUUAAGCGCCCGGGGCCAGGCGUUAGAGACAUAAACGGAAAAAUGGAGAGUUCUCAAAGGGAGAAAGCGCGAGAACGGAGAGGGAGGGGAAGGGAAGAAGAGGCAGAAGCUGGCAAACCGAGGUACCAGCCCUGCUUCUUGGCGUUACCCCUAUUGCAGUCCCCUCGAUCCCUUCCUUUUACCCAGUCCGCUUUCUCCUCUCCCCGAAGGCUCAAGCUGUGACUGCCAAACCCAAGCAGCCAAACCCCCGCCGGCGGGCCCACGACUGUGUCGCCCCCCCCUCACUCAACACCGACCGGAACCCGCGCACAUCCUCCCGGAACUCUCGCGAGAGGCUCGCCGGUCCCAGCCGGCCCAGAGAAGCUGGGCUUCAGAGAGCACCGCGUGCGUGCGUGCGUGCGUGCGUGCGCGUUGCGUCACACGUGCGCCCGGAGAGGCUAGCAACCUGCCAAGGACCGGGCUACGGAAGCCGCGACGCUUCCCAGCGGCGUGCUGGGGAUUGACUUCUCUCUGUAGCGUGGAAGGACCGGAGGGGUCUCUCACCGGCGGAGGCAGCGCAGGCCUUGAGCUGCCCGCUCGGGGCGCUCCGGGAGCGCCGAGAUGAAAGUGAAGGCCAGAGUCGCCGAGCCUUCCGAGGCGCGCGCGGCGGCCAAGCCGGAGCUCGUCCAGAAGCAGCAGCAGCAGAAGAAGAAGAAGAAGAGAUUCUGGAAAAAAUACCCGCAGGCGGCCGCGGAAGCUUCCCGGAAAGCGGAGAGCAAGGACGGCCGGGCGGGGCCGGGGGCGGGGCCGGGGGCGGCGCUGCCCCCCAAAGGGCCGCAAGAAUUCUCCCACAACUGGAAGGCCUUGCAAGAACUGUUGAAACAAAAAACGACAAAUCCAGAAAAGUUAGUUCCUGCCUCUCCAAGGAAUUCCAGAAAACAAACCAAAAGCCACUACCAGAAUGGCAAGCAUGUUUUUAAAGAGGAAGAACAUGGUGAUGCAGAACUACCAAAGAUGACAGGCAAAACAGGCCAACCCUUCAAGGCUUCUGUCUCUUUAGGAUCUUUAAAUGACACGAAGGUUGUCCUUCAUAAAAAAUUCAGUGAAACAAAGGGAAAAGACAAUGGAACUGAAACCAAGAAAAGAAAAAAUGGUGGCCUUCACCAGAAAAUCGUAGACAUCAAGCAUAAGAAGAGGAAAACAGAAGAAUUAGUAACUCCUUCACCAACAGAAUCAGACAUCUGGUUUGAUGAUGUAGAUCCUAAAGAUAUUGAAGCUGCCAUUGGUCCAGAAGCUGCAAAAAUAGCCCGAAAAAAACUGGGUCUAAAGGAAAAUAAUAUAUCACUGGUAAAAGAAGGAGCAUUCGAAGGCAUGACCAAAGUCGUAGCUAUGGACUGCGAGAUGGUGGGAGCAGGGCCAGAUGGGGAAGAAAACAUCCUUGCCCGAGUGUCCAUUGUGAACCAGUUUGGAAAGUGUAUUUAUGACAAGUACGUCAAACCAACAGAGAAAGUGACUGAUUACCGGACAGAUGUCAGUGGGAUUCGGCCAGAAGACAUCAAAUAUGGAGAAGAGUACCAAGUUGUUCAAAAGGAGGUGGCAGAACUGCUUAAGGACAGGAUUCUAGUUGGACAUGCCCUUCAUAAUGACUUAAAGAUUCUACUUCUUGAUCAUCCCAAAAAGAAGAUCCGGGAUACCCAGAAAUAUAAACCUUUCAGGACACAAGUAAAGAGUGGAAGACCAUCUCUGAAACUGCUCAGUGAGAAAAUUCUUGGUAUCAAAAUACAGCAGUCAGAACAUUGUUCGAUUCAAGAUGCCCAGGCAGCAAUGAGACUCUAUGUAAUGGUAAAAAAACAUUGGGAAGGAAUCAUCAAAGACAAAUAUAAACUACCAAGAGAGAAAAAGAUAAAAGCAUAACUGAGCCCUCCUUUCCACUAUUUCUGCUUCCUACCCUGAAUGCCAGCUUGUUCCUCAGCAGUGUGAUCACGUCCCCAGAAGAAAUGGAGCAGAGGCCUUUCUGGGCCAAAUUGGAGCAGGGUAUUCUGUCAGCUUACCACCUCUUGUUUGCUGAUUGUGUAGCCCUUGGAGUUGGCACAGGGGAAAUAUUUCCCAAGAUGGUCACUUUUUUGGAGAAACUUUCAAACUUGUGGCUAUAAGGGUAUAUGUGCUACUAAAGGGAAUUUGUGGCUAUAAGGGUAUGUGUGCUACUAAAGGGAAUUUGACCUUUUCCAGACAUAGUAGUUCUUGUCCAAGAGCUCGAAGUUUCUUGUUGACAUUCCUUUCCUAUCUUCCAGAAGUCACUGUUAAUAUCAGAGGCAUAAUUAAAAUGUAGGUGAGGGAGUCUUUGUGAGGGAUGGUCUUUUCUUUGAGCACAGAGACUGGUUCUGGGCUUCAGUGAAGGUAUGCAGCCGCCAGUGAAAUGAUCACUUUCUACACUAAUAAAUAAAUGCUCUUGUCUAACAGAAGACAUAUAGUAUGUUAGUGGCUUGUUAAUUAGGAUCACUGCCAUCUCUCUACUCUCACACUAUAUGUGCAAAGUGGUAUCAUGAACCAGGCUGUGGAUAAAUAUGGGGAACAGUAUCGAGCCAUCCAGUGGACCUAGAGCAGCCAGGAAACUCAAAUUUCUAUAAUUUAUCUUGAUAAAAAUUAACCAGAGAAGCUAACAAACUUAAUUCCCACUCUAAUAAGUUAUUGCUGAAAUAACUUAGGAGAAAAUCUGUAUCUGGCAGACUAACCCUAAAUGCGUGGCAUAUACAUCUAAUACCUUCUUGGGAGACUUGUCUCUGAAAAAUGUUACAUUGUUUCUGCCCCCAUUUAAAUUUUUACUGAUUUGGUGGUAAUCUGCAAAGGAGCCCCUGAUGUAGGCCUCUAUUCUGGGAAUAAUUUGACCUUCCAGAAUCCCUAAAUCAUACAUAAUAUUUAGAUGGUAUAAAUAAUAUAGAAAUUUUAAGUGUUGGUUGUACAGUCAUAACCUUAUUAACAUAAACAUCCUAAAAUAUAAUGAGCACAUCUAAGAACUGCACUCUUGGGAGUGAUUUGGUUUUUUUUUUUGUUUUUUUUUUUUUUUAAUAAUUUAUUGACCUUAUAAUAUUUGAGCCUAAGAAAGCUAUUAUUUGGGGGGUUAAAGAGAAGCUACUGUUUGAUCAUACUCCAAGACCAAAGGGUCAAUUUCAUCUUGUAAUUCAAGGUGAUUGCCUCUAAACCUGCCUGAGAGUUUAUAAUUUUCCUAAUAGGAGUUUAAAAGACAUGCUGUACUAAUUAAAAUGUACAAGGCUAGAGGAUUUUUAGUUGUUCCAAAGAUUUUCUUUUUAUUAUGUAUAAUUGUACUGGGUAUAUAUUAUCUGAAGUAAAUGCUACUUUGUACAUUUAAAAUUAA